UGGGCUUGAUUUUGAACUUGCGGUAUGAGAAGAUGAACCAGGUCGUUCUCAAAGCGGGACUACAGUCGGCCGUGGGGCAGUGGAAUGAUGUUGGGCUAGUCGAGUAUGCAGUGGCUGAGAGCACACUUAUUCCGAAGUCGUCCCCAGCAUUCGAAGAGACUGAAGACAUGCCGUAUUAUGUGAUCUUCUUGGAGCUACACCAGGCAGGAAACACGGGCGAAAAUAAAGAGACGAAGGAGCCGGUAGAGCUUGCAUCCAAUGAGAUUAUGAGUUCGAUCGACGCAGAGCUUCGUGGUCGUAACAGCGACUACGAGAGACUGCGGAGAGAGGGCGCCAUUUCACACCCUCGUGUUCACAUCCUGAAACCCGGCACGUUUGAAGAUUUGAAACAGUAUGUGUUGAAUACGACCAACACCACGGCAAACCAGUAUAAAGUACCUCAGAGGCUCCGCACAGUAGAUACCCUUAACUUCAUGUUUGAUCAUGAGGUGUAG